GAGACCUCCCUGCCCGUCACGCCUUACCUGCAACUUGCUAAUAUACUCGAGUACUUAUACUACACACAUUCUCCCCCAUUCCUGUAUCUACCAGCCCCUUGCACUUGAGGUACAAAUACAACCAUUUUUCUCGUGUUUCGAGCAAACAAGCGCAGCCAUAGUCAACCUUUACAGAAGAUGAUCAAGAAUGGAACCUCGAGGCAAUCCCAAACUCCUCGAGCGGUUUGCUGUGGCUCGUCUACAGUACACGGUUAACGAGCUUCGAACCCAGGUCGAUCACGACAGAAAUCUUACCCCCCCUGUACGCAAGGUUUUCCAUUGCGUUGCCGAUGAAUCAGUACUCACGGUAAAAAUUGCCGGAUUUAAGACGUGGGUCAGUGAGGGCUUUAUUACCCUUGCCGUACCAUUUUGCACUUUGGAUGCGCUCGACGACACGAAGAAAGGGACAGAUUCCAAGAACAUCAAUUCUAGGGAGACUAUUCGCUAUCUCGAGCGUUGCCAAGUUAAGCCUAUCCGGGGGGCAAAGGUGUUGAGUGCGGGGGAGAUGUUCGUGAGCUGGGCAGAAUGCGAACAAUUUCGGUUGCCGGAAAUUUUGGUCCCUUCGCCCUCCCCUAUGAUGGAGGCGGAUGGUAGCGGUAGUGGGCUCGGAACGAUGCUCCCACCGGUGUGGAUUCAAAAGAUCCUCAACUCCAUGCUUUACAAAAUACAUAAUUCGGGGGAGCGAAGGUCCGCUUCUGGGGAUGGUGCGGAAGACCCAGUCAUCUUAGUUACCAACUACGAAGAGCUCCGCAAUUGGGCUGCCGUGUUUGGCAUUCAAGCCGUCGACCUUGUUACUAUUGAGCGGAUGAUUGAUGCCGAGGGCUGGGAUUUUCAAAACAGGAAACAGAGAUACGAAGCUUUAAUGAGUCCUGUCUCUCCAACCCGCGCGGGUCGUGGCGGGAGGUCGGGUAGCUUUGGUAGGGGUGGUGGAAGGGGUGGAAGACGCAAUAGCCGUACUAGCGAACAACCCAUUGACCCUGAGUUUUCCAGGGGAAACCAUUCCGCAGCCAGCUACACCCUUCGCGGGCCACCACCCGGAGGAGUCGCUCGAGGUUGUGGAAGGCUCUGGGAACCAUAGUCACUCGAUCAGUCACUUCCAACUCUACUCACUCACAUAUGGGGAGGGGGGCACCUAGCCAUGAACAUGAGGCAACUCCUUGGGAGCAAACAAAAGGCGUCUAGUUAUAUCAGGUACCUCACGGGACCGAAAACAGCCCAGCGAUAAUUGGCAAUACAUUCAUAAUCCUACUGCACCACACCCACUAGACAUCGGCUAGGUACUGGCUGGCUGGAACUCGUCACAUACUAAUUUAGCCAGUUACGCGGAGUAGCUUACUAUCUAUGGUCUUAAAAUGUCUGAGAAUAGUAGAUGUUUAGUGGUGGUAAAGCACUGGGUAACAAACGGGAGUUUUUAUGUCCCCAUCAAAUGUUUUGCAUUGAUGCUAUGUUUCACACCUAGAGUUUUGCGGCUUCUUAGUUUGUCUAUUUAUCAUAAAUUAGUUCCUUUCCUUUCCACUCAUCUUCAUUCCCGCGCCCGCCCUUUUACGAGUGUGGUCUGGUGUCAUGUGCCUGCCUAUAUACAUCUCCGAGGGUUUAUUUUUAUUUUUUACUUUUAUUACCUUUUUUCAGGAGGAAAUGUAGUCACAUCUUGGAGAAUUUCUAUGGUGUUGAGUUUAUUUUCUAUUUUCAUAUCAUAUCUAGUUAGGUGUUGUAAACGAACGCCUUGAUUGUUCGCUUUAUUUGAUUUUUAUUCCUUGAAGCUAUCAUAGUCGUCAUAGAAUGAGCUCUAUCAUAUGAUG